UUCCGCAGAUCUCACUUUCCACACGUAUAUAUCAUGUCAGCACCAGUUACUACAAAGUCUGCCGAAAACACGGCAAAACCCGAAGAUACUAAGACUGCACCCCAACUGGGUGCGCUAGAGGAGGAUGACGAAUUUGAAGAAUUUGCCGCAGAAGACUGGGAAGAAACGGAAGAAGACACUGAAGACGCACAUUUCUGGGAGGAUAAUUGGGAUGACGAUGAUGUUGAAGACGAUUUCUCCAAGCAACUCAGAGCGGAAUUGUCAAAAGGAUCACAACCACAACCAAUGAAAAUGUAAAUUUAGCAAGCUCUAGAAAGCAAACAAAAGGAAAAUCACACCCUCAGUAUAAAAGAUAUUCUCACAAACGACACCAAAUGAUCCCCCAAGUCAGGUUUCUAGCCCAAGCUACGGCUGAGUUACUAGUCGUGGGAUAGUGUACAGAAAGCAAAUAGUGUUGUUGCAUCAAG